AUGGAACCAAGGAACAAUGUGACUCACUUUGUCCUCUUGGGCCUCACACAGAAUCCAAAUGAACAGAAAGUCCUUUCUGUCAUGUUUUUGCUCUUCUACAUUUUGACCUCGGUGGGCAACCUGCUCAUUGUUGUGACUGUCGCUUUCAGUAAGACUCUGGGCUCACCAAUGUACUUUUUUCUUGCUAGCUUGUCACUUAUGGAUGCCAUUUAUUCUUCAGUCAUUUCCCCAAAAUUGAUUUCAGAUCUGUUCUUUGGGGAAAAUACAGUAUCUUUCAAAUUUUGUAUGGCUCAGCUUUUUACAGAACACUUUUUUGGGGGGUCAGAGGUCUUCCUUCUGCUGGUGAUGGCCUAUGACCGCUACGUGGCCAUCUGUAAGCCCUUGCAUUAUUUGAUUAUCAUGAAGCAAAGGGUGUGUGUUGUGCUGCUGCUGGUGUCCUUUGUUGGAGGUUUUCUGCAUUCAGUGGUUCAACUUAGCACUAUUUAUGGGCUCCCGUUCUGUGGCCCCAAUGUCAUUGAUCACUUUAUCUGUGACAUGUACCCCCUACUGAAACUCAUCUGCACUGACACCUAUGUCAUUGGCAUCUUAGUGGUGGCCAAUGGAGGACUGAUCUGCACUAUUGUGUUUCUGCUCUUACUCAUCUCUUAUGGAGUCAUCUUGCGCUCUCUAAAGAACCUGAGUCAGGAAGGGAGGUGGAAAGCCCUCCAGACCUGUGGUUCCCACAUCACUGUGGUUGUCUGCUUCUUUGUCCCUUGUAUUUUCAUGUAUGCAAGACCUGCUAGGACCUUUCCUAUUGAUAAAUCAUUGAGUGUAUUUUAUACAGUCAUCACCCCCAUGCUGAACCCGCUAAUCUACAGUCUGAGAAAUUCAGAGAUGACUAAUGCCAUGAAGAAGCUCUGGAGAAGAAACAUUGUAUCUCAUAGUAAAUAA